AUGACCCAUUGCAGAGCAGCUCAGCUGAUCUCGAGCUGCUGAAAGUUGGUCUGGAUUGAACAGUCUGACAACAAUUGGUCUGAUUUAGUCUGACAAUUUACUGUAAGUUGGUUGUGGGCUGCAAACCUGCAAAGCCAUGGCUGCCAAAAGUGGGAAGAAAUCUGUGCUUUUCGUCUGUCUUGGUAAUAUCUGCAGGUCACCGAUAGCAGAGGCUGUUUUCACCCACCUGGUGAGGGAGAAGGGUCAACUGGACCAGUGGGAAAUCAACAGUGCAGCAACAAUUGACAUGCACGUAGGGAACAGAGCAGACCCAAGGACAAGGGCCUGUCUACAAAAGCAUUCAGUGCCGUAUGGCCACAUCGUGCGGCAGGUGACAGAAGAGGAUUUCACCAAGUUUCAGUACAUCCUUGGUAUGGAUCAUAACAACAUCAGCAACUUGAAAAACAUGCUGCCUGCAGGCUCCACAGCAACAGUGAAGCUACUAGGCAGCUAUGAUCCCCAGGGGAAAGAGGUCAUUGAAGACCCUUACUAUGGAGAAGACUCGGAUUUUGAGCGAGUGUAUCAGCAGUGUGUACGGUGCUGCACGGCUUUCCUGGAGACAGUGUAGAGUCCUGGAACUUCUACUGUACACUCUUCUGUAGCAGAACUGUGGAGAGUAUGAAAUUUGCAUAUAAUGCUUAAAUGGCAGAAAUUUUAUCUUGCAAAACUGCAAAGAAUUUUAUCUAUAAUUUAGCACUAGUAAAUUAACUGUUGCAAUCCCCUUGGUGGGAUGUUGGUGCAAAUAUUCCAUCUCUUGUGAAGUGAGAUUCAUACCUUAAAAGUUAAAAAAGGAAUUUGGUUAUUGUAGAAUCUAAAUUUAAUGUGAUCUUAGAAUUCAUAACCCUGUUCUUUAAAGUUUUAGGGCGCUCGUUUCUGACUUUGUUAGACAAAUGAAUGUAUGAAGUUAUGAAAUGGUGAUUUUAUGAAAAUCAUCAUUGGCAACCUGUCCUUGUAUCACGAGCACUGAAACAGUGUUUAAACUAACAUUGAAAAAUUGAAACGAUUAUAUCAGUUAUCAGGCUUAUGAUGGUAUCACUGCAACUAUUGCUAUUGGCAAUAAAGCUGAAAAAAAGUAGAUACUGUAUUCAACUGAAGAAUGUAUUAUUGGUAUUGACUCUUUAUUUCACCACCAAACAUAUAUAAUGCUUUAUAGCCAUAAAAGUAAAAAAAUAAAUUGAAAAUCUCAGUAGUAAGCUUGCCUUAAUGAUAUAUAAUGCUGACUGCAUGUAUUAUGAUUAUUACACUCAACUCCAAGAAAGUCAUAUUAGGAUCAUCCUUUAAGAAUAAAGUAAAAGCAUGGUUAUGCUGAAGGGCACUUUUAGAUUGACAAGCU